AUGGCUAUCAUAUAUGAUGAAACCACAAUUAAAUGGAAACUCUCUAAUAACUAUUCAAUAUAUAUCGCUGAAGCUUUAGAAAUUCUUAAAGCUAUUAAAAACACUUUAUUCAAUGUUCACGACAUUAACAUCAGAAUUUUGAGUGACUCCCUCUCUACCCUUACAAGCAUUACACCCCUAUCUGACAUCGCCAGGAAAAUCCAGAACACCCAUACCAUGGCUCAACAAUCAGGCAAAAAUAUUACACUUGGAUUUCCGGGCACUGCAAUAUAUUCGGAAAUAAACAAGCAGAUAAGGUCGCCAAACUCGGCCAUUUAG